AUGAAACCUUUUUUUUUGUUUUUUUGUUUUUUGUCUUUGCCCACCCCCUGUAGACUCUUUAUUUCUCUGGGAGUAAAAAAGGGAAAAGAAGGAAGAGGGAAGCAACGUGUGUACUCAAAAAUGGUCAAGAUCUCACACGAGGACACACAACGCAUCAAGACGGCGUUCUUGUCGUAUGCGCAGGGUCAAGACAAAGUCACGGAGGCGAUGAUUGACCAGCUCAUCUGCGGCGCCUUCCCUGGUCUCUCGUGGGAGCAGCUGCAGGAGAAGAAAAAGGGCCGUGCGGCAGCGAACGGCUACGACCGCAGUGCCUUCUUUUCUCUUGUCGCGUCCGACGAGCAGUACGUGCGGUUUAUUGCCCAGCACUUCCCAUGCGCGCCAGAGGAAGAGAAACCGCCAGAGAUUGAUGCCCUGGAGCUCAAGACGCAGAAGGGCUUUUAG